GCGAUGAGCCAUGACAAGGAAAAUACCCGCCAGUGAAAAUAUUCCGCAGAAAAGUUAAAACAUUGGACUACUCUGGGAUGAAAUAAGGGAACAAGGAAGGUAAAAUAUACCUUGAUAUAGCCUAAAAGUGCACAAGCACAGGAUAUAUCAUGGAGUCUGUUGAUUAACAGAUUUUACAAAACCAUGGAGAUGGAUGAACCCUGGCGCAAUACCUAGUAGACUGGUAUUUUGAAUUCGAAUUGAUCAGGCUUAAUCUUUGCCGAAUACGAUUUGUUGAAGAAUUUUCACAGUAAAUUUAAGUUGGCUUCUUUUAUCCAUUUGUUGUUACAAUGGCAGUGGAUUAUUUUUGGAGAGCGGACGAUUAUCAUUCAUACCAUAAAACUGAAAGAUUCACUUUACUUGUUUUGGCACCAGGGGAAAUAUAUUUUGAAGACUUUAGUGUCUUUUAUUACCCAAUUGAGAAGUCAGAAGAUGAGGCAUUUAAAAGGAAGCAAAAAGGAAGACUGAAAUUAUGUUCAAAGUCACUGGUCUUUGAUCCUAUUGAUAGUUCAUAUCCAAUGCUCAAGCUUCAGUACAAAGAUUUGGUCAGUAUAGGAAAAUGGGAUGGAUCAUUGCUGUCAAGGCUUGCCAGUCAAGGGGAUAUUCUGAUGGUAGAGACAAAACAGUGUAUUCAGAUGAAAGAGUCAGGGCUUUUGGGACCAUACAAGCAUAUAAGGGAGAAGAAAAAGCAUUUGUUUUCUUUGAAUUUUGGGAGUCUGUCUACUACAUUACCACUGAUUGAGCAGCUUCACAGAGCAUCUACAUUGAAUCCACACGAUGAAGCCUCAAUGAUUGCAACAAUAGUCCAAUCAAUUCAAGCAAGAACAGCAUUUAAUACAAGUUGGAUCGAAGACCUUUAUGAGAAGAUCAUACUUGAAGUAACAGGGGAGAAGAUAACACCUCUUGUCUGCAAUCCUGGAAAAGUUCUUCUUACAUCAUCAAGACUUUAUUUUCAACCAUUUAAUAACGUUGAGCCGUUACCAGUUAUCAAAGUAAAAUUGUCUGAUGUAAGCAAAGUCAUAAAAAGAAGAUAUUUGCUGAGACAUGUGGGUUUGGAGAUAUCUUCGUCAACAUCAAAUCGUCCUUUAUAUCUUGUUUUUGAAUCUGAAGAAAUUAGAAAUUCUGUUUACAAUCGAUUGCUUGAGCAAGAAGAUCUCUCAUUGGAGGAAUCAGAGCAAGAAAACAUGUUGCUGAAAUGGCAGGCGGGCGCCAUUUCGAAUUUCGACUAUCUAAUGUAUCUAAACAGCCAAGCUGAUCGAAGUUUGAAUGACAUAACACAGUAUCCUGUCUUCCCAUGGGUGAUUCGUGAUUAUGAGAGCGAUCAUCUAGACUUGGAAGAUCCUAAAACGUUUAGAGAUUUAUCAAUACCAAUUGGAGCGAUUGACAAGUCCCGCUUGCAGCAACUAAAGGUCCGCAGCAAAUCAAUGCCAGAACCGAAGUUUCUGUACGGAUCUCAUUAUUCCACGCCUGGUUUUGUUUUAUAUUACUUGGUACGAGUCGCACCUGAGUACAUGCUUUGUCUGCAAAAUGGAAGGUUCGAUAAAGCAGAUCGCCUCUUUAACAGUAUUAAAUCUUGUUGGGAUAAUUGCUGUACAGGGCAUUCAGACUUCAAAGAGUUGAUUCCAGAAUUUUAUUCCUCUGAUGGGAAAUUUUUGCAAAAUAGAAUGAAUUUACAGCUUGGAACAAGACAAGAUGGAGUACGAGUGCAUCAUGUGGCUUUGCCUCCUUGGGCUAAUGACGCCAAAGAUUAUAUACAAAAAUCCCGAGAUGCAUUGGAAUGCUCAUAUGUCUCAGAGAAUAUCCAUCACUGGAUUGACUUGAUUUUCGGUUACAAACAACGUGGCGAAGAGGCAUGGAAGGCGGACAAUGUCUUCUACUACCUGACAUAUGAAGGUGCCGUUGAUCUUGACACCAUCACCAACCCUAACGAGCAAGAGUCUUUAAAGCAACAAAUUCUAGAAUUCGGACAAACACCAAAACAGUUAUUUAUGCAUCCACAUCCGCAUCGUAAGGCACAGAACAUACCACACCCGAUACCACUAGAAAGUUUACUUGAUACUGAUGAACUGGCUCAUCAUGGAUUAAAUGAGGAGGAUAUUCCAGUCAUAGAAGUGAAAUUGGAAGAUAUUGAUUCAUCACAGAAUCUGGAUGAGAAGAAACCUUUGGAAGAUUUGUGCAAUCUGAAGCUUGUCCGUACAAUGAAAAGUCACAAAGAUGCGGUUUUAGGUCUUAGUAUCUCCGAAAAAGAAGACAAUAUUUUUUCAGUCUCUCUAGAUUCACAACUGAAAAUGAACAGUUUGGAAGACGGUACUCAGAUUCGGGGGAUGAAUUUAUCAAGCAUGGCACUGUCUUGUUGUGUGCUAAUGCCAAACUCAGAUUUAGUGCUGGUUGGCUCUUGGGACAAUAAUCUAUACGUUUACUCAGUGGACUUUGGAAGGGCAAUAUUUGAGAGUAAUAUUCAUAAUGAUGCAGUAUCUUCAAUGUGUUGGAAGAACAAUAUUUUGGUGACAGCUUCGUGGGAUUCAACUGUUAAGGUAUGGUUCUUCGAUCCCAAGCAAUUCUCGAAAAAGCGUGGUCCUCCAGAACUGCAGGGAGAGCUUGACCAUGAUACAGAGGUUACAGCUGUUGACUUGCAUGUAGAUGGCGAUGAGAAAUUGAUUGUAUCUGGAACCAAAGAUGGGCAUAUUUUUCUCUGGAAUCUUGAUUCUAUGGUCCUGCGAAGCCAGCAUUGGAAUCAUCAAGAUGUUGUCACAAAAGUUGUUUUCAGUCCAGAUGGUCAAAGAAUCCUGAGUUGUAGUGAGGAUCAAUUCAUGAAGGUGAUUGAUGUUGACACUGGGCUGGAGAUUUAUUCAAAGGACAUUGAUCAGCCAAUAAGAUCCGCAUCAUCUGAUGGUCAGCUGGUUGUUGCUGGGGUCGAAUCAGGCGAUGUUGUUAUUUGGGAUCUGAUAAAGAUGAAUUGUGUCAAUACAAUUAAACUCAGUGAAAAACCUAUUCGAAGCAUUGGAGUGUCAGCAAAGUCGAAUAUCGUUGUCGCUGGUAGUGACGACGGACACGUGUUUGUUCUCAAGCCAGCAGGUUCCCAACUAUAAUUCCUUUUUCAAUGAAAUUUAAAUGACUUUUCAAGAUAUUUUUUCAACCGCUUUCUUUUUAUCUAAUUAUCCAUGGUAGUAUGAAUUUCAAAGGAAUUUAGCAUCACUUCCAGUUGCAUUUGAACUGACGGGUAUUAUCUUUGAGACUUUUAUAAAUCUUCACCCUUCAGUUCACUUCAUUCGCUUUGAUAUAUGUACGGCCUCAUUCACUAUAAAAUAAACAUUUUCAAUAUGCAAGCAUGCGUUUUUAGCAUUCUCGAACGUUUUGAAAAUAUUAUUGGGAAAGAUUUCACUGCAGUAUUUUUAUAACUAUGAGCAAAGGUAUUUAAUUUUUCUCAAAGAGAAUAACCGGCAAGUAUAAAGAAUAUAAUGCAAAAGUUUUGUUGGUGCCUUCAAUUUUUCUCAACAGUUUAGUGGGAAGACACUGAUUUUGUUCAGUUAUUGUAGCUAAAGUUGAACGUAUUAUAUUUGUUCGGAUAUAUCAGGCUUUUCUUCCAAUAAACAAACCUACCCCCCCCCCCCUCCCUAUUUAUAUGUGAAUGGACUUGACACUUUCUUAUUCGUGUGUUAAGUACGGGAUUGUUUCUAUAUCCCACUGAUUUUCUGAUUCUGAAUUUUACACCACAUUAUUUUUAAGAUGCUGUUUGUAUGCAGGAUCAAUGGCAUCGUCUUUAAAUUGUCUGACCCGAUCCUCAAUGCUUGGAAAAACAAACUACCAAGUUUAUGCAUCCAAUAAUCAGCGCAGUAGUCUCCCUCGGGCAUUGUAGGGCAUAUUUAGUAAAUGUAGACAGCCACAAACUUAUUUUGUUCUUGGUGGGUUUGUGCUGUCUUCUUCUGUCCUUUAAUGUGAAUAUUUUCCCCUUUAGAUAACUGAUAAAAAAACAUUUUUGACGACCGUUUGUGUAUCUUCUAUUGAAGUUUGAUUUGUUAUGUUCCAAGCUAAAGUCGUAUUUUGUUCUUGAUUGUCAGAUUUGAUUUAAUAUUGUACCUUUAAUUUAUUUUCUGAAUUUAUUUGUGAUGUACUAUGUGUGUUUCGUUAAGAGCGAGAUUAUGAAAUAACUU